CAAUUCCAAUAUGGCGAAGACGGGGAGUGCGAUAAUGCAUGAAUAUUUCAAAUAAAUGAAAUUUUGAGGUUUAUAUAAUGCAUAAAACUUUUUCUGGUGAACUGAGUAACGAAGACGAAGCACGUAUUGCAAUACUAUUUGAUAAACUAGAUAUAGAUGGCGACGGUCGCAUAAAUAUAACUGAUUUAACGACUGCUUUACAUAAAUAUCAAGGAUUUCACGUUCCAGGACAAGUUCAAGUAUGUUCUUUUACACCUGUUCCAAGGCUAUUGUAUUUAUAGAGUUUCUUUGCAGAGCCCUAUAAUAAUUAAACUUUUUUCGACUCCUACGACAAAAAUAAAGAUGGCCAUAUAGAAUUUUGCGAUUUUGUUCAGUUUGUCAUUGACCAUGAAAAAAUUUUACGCCUCUCAUUUGGAAAAUUAGACCACAACAGAGAUGGUAAGAACUAUUUAAAUUUAUAAUACAUCAUAGGUUUUUUUUACGUUAACAUAUGGGCAUUGUUUGAAAUAUAGAGAUUUUUUUGCUUGAAAUAUUUAAGUAUACAAACUUCAUUUUGAAAAUAUUAUUGAUUUAUAACAAAUUAUUGAAAUAUUUCACAAUUUUUGAAGGCCUAAUCUUACUAUUGCACUCCUUAACCGUAAAUAUAAUACUUAAUAGAAAAUCAAUAGUCUAAAAGUAACAUUACUUUCAAUAUGGCCAUUGACCUUUAUUUAGAACGUAAUUUCUCUCAAUCGUAAAAUUUGAUUCACAAAACUGAACUAGGUUGUCUAGAAAGAGAAGAGACAGUGUCCGUUAAAUGAUACAUCAAAAAUGAGAUGGAAUUUUGAACUUUAAUUUUUGGAAUUUGCUUCAAUUUUUGACGCACUUUUGUUAUUUUGUUAUUAAUACUGCGUAGAAAGAAGUAAAUUUUAGUUGAGUCUAAUACAUUGUUCUAGAAAUCAUAAAAAUAAUCAUGUAGUGACUCAUAAAAGUAAAAUUUGUUAUUAAAUUGAUUAUCUUGAACAAUGAAUGAAUAUCAUUGGUCAGCAGAAAAUAAUAACUUUUUAUUGCACAAUUUUGAGACAAAUUCAUAACCUUAUUAUGCUAUUAUUAAUAGAAUUCGAUUAAAAAGCUAAAAUUUUUCCACGUGUUGUGAAUUAUUUAUUGAACUUGAAUAUUAUUGUGGUUGUAUGACGAAGUAUUCAUGUGUAAAUAGAAAAGAACUAUAUUUACGACAAUUUACUAUAUCAAAACAUCAAAUCUGUAGCUUACGCAUUAACUGCGCAAUACAUAGUAUUUUGAAUAAUAAUGAAUGUAAUAUACAUUUAAGAGAAGUACAGUGUCAUUGUUCGUUACUUUCCCGUUGACGAAAGGUACAAAUAUUUUCUUAUCUGAUAGAUAUUGUUAAGUGCACGACUGGCCGAUUGUAUUUUUGCCUUAAUAAUUAGUCUUAACUUUAUACCUUGCACACUAUAAUCAGUGGACAUCUUUGUAAUACAAAGUCGUGUUUUAUAGGAGUACUUGAUUUGGAGGAAGUUGUUCUCGCCUUUCACAGGUUGGGAGUGGACAUUUCACGAGGGGAAGCGGAGGCGAUGAUAAGACAGAUGGAUCGUGAUGAAACGUUAUUAAUAUCAUAUGCUGAAUGGCGGGAUUUUCUCUUGCUUCAUCCGGCUAAAGAUAUAUUUGACCUAGUACACUAUUGGCGUCAUGCCUCAAUUAUGGAUCUUGGUGAAAGUGUCUCUGUCCCUGAUGAUUUUACGAGGGGCGAAAUCGAAUCAGGAAUGUGGUGGAGACAUUUGGUAGCUGGAGCAGCGGCGGGGGGAGUUUCCCGAACGUGUACUGCACCUUUGGACCGAUUAAAAGUUUUUCUUCAAGUGAAUAGUCGUAUGGGUAUUACCGCCGGUUUAAAUUAUAUGCUCAGUGAAGGUGGAUGGCUAUCGCUUUGGAGAGGAAAUGGAAUAAAUGUGGUGAAAAUUGCUCCUGAAACUGCUAUUAAAUUCAUGGCGUAUGAGCAAAUAAAGAGGCUGCUUAAAGAUAACAAUGAUAGAGAGUUAAGAGUAUUUGAACGCUUUAUGGCAGGAUCUGCUGCUGGCGCUAUAUCCCAAUCGGCUAUAUAUCCGUUGGAGGUUGUUAAAACCAGAUUAGCUUUGAGGAAGACAGGACAGUUCAAUGGAGUCACAGAUUGUGUUAGAGAUAUCAGAUGUCAUGGUGGUUUAGUGUCAUUUUAUAGGGGUUAUAUACCGAACCUGAUAGGAAUAAUACCUUAUGCUGGAAUAGAUUUGGCUGUCUACGAGACUUUAAAACGACUGUACAUGAGGAAAACAAGAAAUCAAGAUCCUGGAAUUAUUGUUCUGUUGUCAUGUGGAAUGCUAUCUUCAACAUGUGGACAAUUAGCUUCUUAUCCUUUGGCUUUAGUAAGAACUCGCCUUCAGAGUUAUAACACAGAUCCAAAGAAAACAAGGACUUUAACACUUAUUAGGAGUAUUAUACAAGAAGCAGGUUUGAAAGGAUUGUAUGGAGGAAUUACUCCAAACUUAAUGAAAGUUUUACCAGCUGUUGGCAUUUCAUACGUGGUCUAUGAACACGUCAGAAAGUUACUUGGAGUAAAGAUGACUUAGGCAAUUUUUAUUUUUUUUCCUUGUCAUUUUUUCAACUGACGCUAAUCCUGCAAAUUAUCAAACUUUUGCCAUAAAUCAAUGGUGAUGAUAUGUAUAUUUUGAUGUUUUAUGCAAAUUUUGCCGGUUAGUGAUGUAAAUACGAUUUCGUAUUUUUUUGUUUUGAGAUACUUCUUUUCUGACACUUUUCAUACAGGGUUAUUGAACCUCAGGUUCCUGUCUAAAAAAAAUCAGAUUAACAGAUUACAUUAACCCUCCAAAAUAUAAAACAGAGCAUAAAAGAAGUUGCAAAACUGAGCUAAGAAGGAAAAGCUUAAAAGGAAUACCCUUUAAAAAGCAUAAUAAUUUUAAUACACCCUAGGAAAUUUGUUUGUUCUUUUUUUAUUCUAAGCCUGCAAAAUGUAAGAAACUUGUGGUAUGCAUGUUUUAUUACGUUAUUAAUGUAUAUAUCACACUGCUUGAUCAACUAUUCCUGUAAAUAGAAUUUCAGUUUGCCUCAAGAAGGAAAUUUUUUUCAAAAUUUAUUUUUUUUUGUCUAUCUGUAAGAACACUGACACCGAGACUUAACAAAUGCUUAGAUGAUUCAGUAAAUUUCAAAUAUUUAUCAGCAAGCAAGUUUUUUCAAAAUAUUCUCUUCAUUUCCAUACCAUCUUUCAAAGAUAAUCCAUCAGCAUGUGAAAUUUGAGUCUAUUUACAUCGUAACCGGAAAUGACGGGGAAGGAAUAUUCAAUAAUAAUUAUAAACAUAAUUGAGAAGUUAUGAUUAUAAUAUUUUACUUGUCUUUUCUAAAUUAUACUGAUGCAAAAUUUUCAAUUGUUCUCUUAAAGCAAUCUACUUUUUUCUUAUUAGGCUUGUUUGAUUUUUCUAUUUAGACUAUUUAUAAUUUAUAAAAAUGGCA